AUGGGCAUAGACUUGGGGACUACAUACUCUUGUGUGGGAAUCUUCAAGGAUGGAGAGGUGCAGAUUAUUGCCAAUGACCAAGGCAACCGAACGACGCCAUCUUAUGUCGCGUGGACGGAGAACGAGAGACUCCUUGGUGAUGCUGCCAAGAAUCAGGUUGCAAGCAAUCCGACUAACACGGUUUUCGAUGCGAAGCGCCUCAUCGGACGCAAGUUCCAGGACCCGGUCGUGCAGGCCGACCUGAAGCUGUGGCCCUUCAAGGUCGUAUCCGAUGGGUCAGCAGAUGACAAGCCUUUGAUUGAGGUGGUGUAUCAGUCAGUCGCAAAGACCUUUCAUCCAGAGGAGAUUUCCUCCAUGAUUCUCACCAAGAUGAAGCAAACGGCAGAGGCUUUCAUGGGUCAGCGUGUUCGAAACGCAGUGAUUACUGUCCCUGCCUAUUUCAACGACUCCCAGAGGCAAGCUACGAAGGAUGCCGGUGAGAUUGCUGGACUGAACGUCAUGCGAAUCGUCAACGAGCCCACCGCGGCAGCAAUUGCGUACGGCCUGGAUGCGAAGUCGAAGGAGAAGAAGAGCGGUGCUGCCGCCUGGCACAGCGGAAUAAGGAGGGGCUUUGCCGUGACCGUUUGA